AUGCUCGCACUUUCCGUGAGGAUGACGAAACGUACUGUUGCCGCGAGGACUGAGGAGAUGCAAGCGAUCAAGACCUUCAUUGCAGAGCUGCCGUCUUUCCAGGCCUCGGUUGCAACUGAGCCCGUGGACAGCCCAUUCGCUGCAGAGCAACUCGGAGAAGCUGUGCACGUGCCUGGCUUUACAGCAGAAAGCCUCGACGAGGAGCCGGACGAAGAUGCAGAUGUGGCAGCGAGCGAUGGCGAAGUCGAAGACGACGGCAGCGGCGCAGAGGCAGAUGAAUUCCAGGAGGAGGAGGGGAAACUGCUCGAUGCAGAUGCGGUUCCGGCGCCACAGAAGGCGCUGCAGGCCCAGUUGGAAAACAUGAAGUGCGGCGAGAAAGCCCUCGAAGUUCUGCAAGCGCAGCAACAGUUGAAGAAGGCCGCUAGGGAGGAAAAGGCGGCAAAGACGCUGGCACGCAAGGCCAAGGCAGCACCGGGCAAAGCUAAAGCUAAAGGAAAGGCGAAGAAACCAGCAGCCACAGCCGAAGAGGAGCCCACAACAGGCAACGCCCCGGAGCCCAGCGAGACCAGCAAGACAGACACACCAAACGAAGGCAACACCCCCAGCGAGACCGUCAAGACAGACACACCAAAGGAAGGCGACACCCCCAGCGAGACCGUCAAGACAGACACACCAAAG